GUAUGAAUCUUUUCUUUAUAAACAAAACAAAAAAAGUUUUGUUUAUUACCUUAAAGUAUAUAGUUACCUCAAACAAAAUGAGAAUUGUGCAGCUAAAGAGGAAUCGUCUUUUUAAUAUUAUUCUCAGAUGUAUACUUGUUCUUUUUUCGUUAUAUCUUAUUAUAAAUUUUUUUACUGAAAAGCCCAUCAGUAACUUAAAAGAAUAUUGGGCAGAAAGUCUAAAAAGUAAACAGGUUCCAGUAUUAGUAAAAGAUCUUGGUAAUUUUGAACUACAGCAUGUACCGAUUAGAACAGGGCCAGGAGAAGGAGGUAAACCUCAUAUUCUUAGGGAUGAUCAACAAAAUGAUGUUCAGCAAUCAGAGUCAGAGUAUGGUAUGAACAUGGUAUGCUCUGAUGAAAUUUCAUUAGACAGAUCAGUUCCUGACACAAGAAUGACUGAAUGCAAACACUGGAAUUAUCCAGAGGUACUUCCUCGAACUAGUGUAAUCAUAGUAUUUCACAAUGAAGGUUGGUCAGUAUUAAUGAGAACUGUUCAUAGCGUCAUAAAUCGUACUCCUCCACAAUUUUUAGAGGAAAUUUUGCUAGUAGAUGAUUAUUCUGAUAAAGAUAAUUUAAAAGGAGAAUUAGAAUCCUAUAUUGAACAGUGGGAAGGAAAAGUUAAAUUGAUUAGGAAUUAUGAAAGAGAAGGUUUAAUAAGGACUAGAUCACGUGGUGCACGUGAAGCUAAGGGAGAAGUUAUAGUAUUUUUGGAUGCACAUUGUGAAGUCAAUGUUAAUUGGUUACCACCUUUAUUAGCUCCAAUCGCUGUUGAUAGAACUGUAAUGACAGUUCCCAUCAUAGAUGGAAUUGAUCACAAAACUUUCGAAUAUCGACCUGUAUAUCAAGAAGGACACUUAUAUAGAGGUAUUUUUGAAUGGGGAAUGUUAUAUAAGGAAAAUGAGCUUCCUGCACGGGAACAAAAAACGCGACCUUACAACAGCAUGCCAUACAAGUCUCCUACUCAUGCUGGUGGUUUAUUUGCAAUAAAUCGGGAAUACUUUUUAUCAUUGGGUGGAUAUGAUGAAGGUUUACUUGUAUGGGGUGGAGAAAAUUUUGAAUUAUCAUUUAAAAUAUGGCAAUGUGGAGGAAGUAUUCUUUGGGUACCAUGCUCGCAUGUUGGUCAUGUAUAUAGAGGAUUUAUGCCUUAUAAUUUUGGUAAAUUAGCACAGAAGAAAAAAGGUCCAUUAAUAACCAUAAACUAUAAAAGAGUUAUUGAGACCUGGUUUGAUGAUAAAUAUAAGGAAUUCUUUUAUACAAGAGAACCAUUAGCACAGUUACUUGAUCAUGGUGAUAUAUCAGAACAACUGGCUUUUAAGAAGCGAAAAAGGUGUAAAAGUUUUCAGUGGUACAUGGAAAAUGUGGCUUAUGAUGUAUUUGAUAAAUUUCCUGAAUUACCACCUAACAUCCAUUGGGGAGAGUUACGCAACGUGGCAACGGGAACAUGUUUAGAUACAAUGAGUCAUUCUCCUCCUAGUUUAAUGGCAACAUCACAUUGUCAUGGAUUUGGUAAUAAUCAGCUAAUUAGAUUAAACGCAAAAGGUCAAUUAGGUGUUGGAGAACGAUGUAUAUCGGCUGAUAGCCAAGGAGUGAAAUUUGUAUUUUGCCGAUUAGGGACUGUGGAUGGCCCGUGGCAGUACGAUGAAAAAACGAAAACGCUUCUGCAUAGAGUGCACAAGAAGUGUAUGGCACUUCAUCCUCAGACACAGCAGUUGUCAUUAAUGCCAUGCGAUAUUAAUAAUACGUAUCAGCAGUGGUCUUUCCAUCAAAUUCGUCCAGAGUGGUGAAGAAGCGUAAGUACCGGUGCUCUUUGCAUUUAAAGCGAUUAAGGCCUACUUAAAGACUUGGCAAAACUAGUUAUGCAUUAACAAUUUUCCUUUAUACAACAAACUAUGGUUAAGAUAUAUAAUUUCUUACUUUUUUUAUCGUAAACGUUUAAAACACUUACAAAGAUACAGAAAUCUUAGUACAAUUCUUACCAAAUUCAUUAAUUACGAGAUAUUAAUUACAAGACAUUAGUGCUGUAUAAUUUUAACAGCAUUGGCACAAAAUUUACUACUGUAUAUUUGAUUUUUAUAUUGAUAUUGUUUAAACUCAUACUUCUAUUUAUACACAAUUACCAUUUUUACUGUAUUUAACAAGUUCUUUUUAUAUAAUUCUGAGAAAAUCUGUGUUAAUUGAGUGCAAUAAUUCAGUAACUAGUGAAAUUAUGUUUGAGAUUCCUUUACACAAUUUUUUCUUGUGAUUAAUAAAGCUAUCCAUCAAUUUUACUCUUUUUAAAGCUUUUAGAUUAAUUUUUUCUUAAACCAAUAUGCUUUACAUAUGCUCAAAAUAAGAGAAGGAGACUAUUAUUCCAUAAGACAGUUAUUUGGAAUGUACAUGUUUCAUUUUAGAAUACAUUUAGCUCAUAUUAUUCACAAAACGUAAGAAUGUACGCUUCUAUUUUUGACUGAUUCUUCUUAAAAAGAGCAUGCUACUGAUGUAGAUUUGUAAUCUUUUUAAUUUUUUAAAAUAUACUUUCAGGCGAAAAUUUACUUAGUAUAAUAUA